AUGACUGCCUUGGACGGUCACAAUUCCCUCGAUUGCCUGCUUCUGCGGCAGAUCGCGUUCGUGUCCACCUCUGCUCUACCGUCUCCCUUGUCCUCUGCAGCAGUUCAGAUUAUUGAGGCAGCGUAUGGCGACGACACGGUGAAAAGCGUGACUCAACGUACGGCACACCGCAGCAUGCUCUCUGCCGCCACCAGCGGCAGCAGCGCCACCAGCGGCAGCGCCAGCAUGGGCAGCGCGCAGGUCGCGACGGAGGUGGAGUUGGGAGCGACGCGGCUGAGCUUCAGCAGCAAGCGCUGCGUGAGCGUGACCAAGAAGGUGAUGCGGAGCAACGUGACAGUGUGGUGGAAGGGCAGUGAUCCCUCGAGCUCCUCCUCGGGCUCGGGCAGCACGGCGGGCGGCACGGCGGGAAGCACGGCGGGCGGCACGGCGAAAGGCGUACAGUGCGCGCAGGUCAAGUUCUUUAAGAAGGCUGGUUGCAAAGGCACGGCGCUGGACAGUGUGGGGAACCCGCGCACUGCUGGCGACACUUCCCCGUUUCCGAGCAGCGGAAAGGCGGUCAGCAAGUGGGCUUCGGUGUUGUCUGUGCUCUGCGACACUGUUGAUCGUGCAUGUGACGCGUUGCGCUGUGAGCCGGAUGGCACCUGUGUGAAGGAUCAGAACGGAGAUCGCUUCUGUCAGUGGGACUCACCCUGUGGCAACUGUCCCACUGGAGCCACCUGCAAGGCCGUGCCAUCAAAGGGCAGCAUUCCAAUCCAGGUGCCUUACUGCGAGUGCCCUUCAGGCUACGGGAUGACCGCCACCGAAUGUGUCCAGGGAGGAAAGGACACAGUUGGUGGCAACAGCUACACACUCAUCGCGAAUUCAGCAGCCAAGGACUAUACCUCCCGGCCCUACACCCUCCGCUAUAACACGGACGGUUGCACGCAGUUCCCAGCUGCAGUGGCUGGAAAGUACACUACCAAGUAUACCGUAUACAGUGUCAAGUCCAAUGCGUAUUGCUACAAAUACCAGGAAUUCAGUACGGACAACUGCGAAGGGAACCCUGAUUCUCAGUUGUUUUCUCUCGAGAAACGGCUGGAUACAAAGGUUCAACU